ACAGUUUUCUCAUCCCAAUCUAAAAGAAAAAUCAGAAAGAAUCAAGAAAAGAAGAAAAGAGAUCCGAAAAAAAUGUCAGGAAUUAUGCACAAGAUUGAGGAAACCCUCCACAUGGGAGGGCACAAGAAAGAGGAAGAGAAGCACAAGGGAGAAGGUCACCAUGGACAUGAGGAGCACAAGGGAGAAGGUCACCAUGGACAUGAGGAGCACAAGGGAGAGGCUCACCAUGGGGAGAAGCACAAGGAAGAGCACAAGGAAGGGAUAAUGGACAAGAUCAAGGACAAGAUCCAUGGUGAAGGUGGUGAGCAUGGUCAUGAUGGGGAGAAGAAGAAAAAGAAGAAAGAGAAGAAGAAGCAUGAGGAUGGUCAUGAGAGUAGCAGUAGCAGUGACAGUGAUUAGAUCAACCAUCAUCACCAUUUAUCUUCAUGCAUCAUCUCUCUUAUAUUGAGUGUAUGGGAUGAAUAUGAUCAAAGCUUGUCUAAGUAUUUGUGUUUUUAUGAAUUAUAGCAUCAAAAAAAUCAUGAAAAUUUGAAAAAAAAAAAAAUGAAAGUCUUGUUUGCUGUUGCAAUUACUAUAGUGUGGAAUGUAUUUAGGCAGGCUGUGAAUGAGAUAUAUGAGAAUAAGAUGUUUACUUUUUUAAAGAUAGCAUAAAA